UUUCCUCGGGGUUUCCUCCAUAUGAUUGCGUUUCAUGGCAUUAACCAUUAACCUCGGCGUUGCAGAGCCGCCGGCUAACCCUAACUGCAGAGGGUUCGGCAGUCGGGAGUCGGUAAAGACUGUACCGGACAAUGCCUGCCAACGGUUCGCUGUUCUAGGAAGAUACUUCGACGUCCUCCAAGAUUGAAGUAGGGUUGGGGAAAUGGAAGAGCAGUUAAUGGCGUAGUCGCGACAAUAAGGGUUAAUAUUCAUAAAUAUUCUUGGGUGAUGCGAUAAGCCGACGCUGCUCGUGGCUAGAGGUGUGGGGAGGCUUGCAUUGGGCAGUUUUACACUGGGCAUUUCUAUUAUCCGAUAGUAAGCAGGUCAUCUUUGGUGAGAGCGGGCGAUAAGGGAAUAGGAUUGUCAUCUCAUCCUAUUAUUAUGCUCUGCGCUUCUCUUAAAUAUUUCAAUGACAAGUGUUCACCGACAGAGCCUAGUCAGACCAUGCCGUAACUGGCAAUUGUACUCGCUCUUCUGUGCAAGGCCCACUUUGGUGGCUUCCCUGGACUUUUUAUAGUAAAAUUCUGGGCGAGACUAUAACUAACUAGUAGUUAGUAGCUGGCAACAGCUUUGUUCUCGGCUCGGUGCCAAGGCCGAGUGCAGAGUUUAGGCCAUACCCCAAGUAGAGAGUCUACUCGCUCCAAGCUGAUCGCCAGACUUAUAUCCAAAUAUACGGUCGAGAUCGUGGGCCUAAUUGAGAUCAAGAGUCGUAUAUGCAGCUUAUUCUGGAGAUGAAGAGGAUGGAAGGAAGGCGGAGGAGGCGUGGUGGGAUCGUUUGAGAGUGUCUAUUUAAAGCGAUGGUUUCGCCUUUGUGAAUGAGGAGUCGAGAUAUUUACUCGCGCUGGACAUAGAUAGAGUUAUCCCUUGAAGCCUAUCCACUCUGGCAUUUCGUUCGAAUAUUCGUUAGUUUUUGAUAACACCCCUUGACCUGUUCCUUAUCCUUCUACCAUGGAUCGGUCUGCCAUUUUCCACAGAUCUCUAGAGAAGUCUUACCCCACAGCCGUACGAGGCGAAGGAGUCUAUCUAUUCACCGAUACAGGACAUAGAAUCCUCGACGGUUGCUGCGGUGCGGCGGUAUCAAGCGUCGGACAUGGAAAUGAGGAAGUUAUAGAGGCUGUGGUCACCCAAGCCAAGAACCUGGCAUUUGCGCACACGUCGUUUUUCACUUCAGAUCCCGCCGAAGAAUUGGCCAAAACCAUCAUCAACAAGAGCGACGAUGCAUUCUUCAAAGUGACCUUUUUUUGCUCCGGUUCCGAAGCAGUCGACUCAGCUUUGAAGAUUGCCCGGCAAUACCACGUCUACAAUGGCGAGCAAGAACGGGUCAAUUUCAUCGGUCGAAACGACUCGUAUCACGGAAACACCUUGGGCGCUCUGGCUGCUGGAAACAACACUGCCAGGAGGGAGCCCUUUGCGCCAAUUCUAAGCCCCGUGUUCCAUCAUGUCAGCCGUUGUUUCUAUGACGCCGAUGGCGCUGGGGCAACGGAGAGUGAAUAUGAAGACCGUCUGAUCGCUGAAUUCGAGGAUAAAAUUAACAGGCUGGGUCCAAAGACUGUAGCCGCAGUCAUUGUCGAGCCGGUGGUUGGUGCAACUCUUGGGACCGUACCGGCAACGAGAACUUAUCUCCAUCGCCUCAAAGAACUUUGCAGUCGCCAUGGGAUCCUCGUCAUCUUCGACGAAGUUAUGUGUGGAAUGGGUCGUGUAGGGAGUUAUCAUGCAUGGCAAAGCUUGGGACGCGUUGCCCCCGACCUCCAGACUAUUGGCAAGGGCCUGGGAGCUGGUUAUCAGCCAUUGUCGGCGGUGCUUAUAGGCAAAAAGGUUUAUAGCAUGUUUGAGGAGCAUUCGAAGCAGUCGAAGAAAUUCGUCAGCGGACAUACGUUCCAGGGGCAUUCGAUGGCAUGCGCUGGUGCUCUUGCUGUGCAGAAAAUUCAGGAACGGGAGGGUCUAGUCUUGAAUGUGAUGAAGCGAGGGUUGCUGCUUGCGUCCCUUUUGGGAGAGGGUUUAUCAUCACACAUGAAAAAGCAUGGUGUUACUCUGCGUGGGCUUGGUCUUUUCAGGGCUGUGGACUUUGGACGGUUGGGUAUAGCUGUGGGGGAUCGGCCUAUUGCUCCAGAAGUUUCUGAAGAGUGUUUCAAGCAAGGGGCAGCUGUGUAUUUGUGUUCUGGCAGCGUUGAUGCUUUGCUGUUCGCUCCCCCUUUCAUCAUUUCGGAAAAUGAGAUUUCUACGCUCGCAAAAAUAUUUUUAGAGUCGCUGAAAUCGGUUCUCGAGAGACGACAGGCUGAUAAAUAGCAUAAUAAUAGCUAGUUAACGUAUUCCACCGUUUGAUGAGCCAAAGAAAUUUGAACGAUCCUGCCCCUGGUAUUAGGUUGUCCAUAUAAUAUCCUGCCAACCUUAUCUCGCAUAUGCAACCCGCGAAAGAAUAACAAGGCAGUCUCAUUCCAGUCAUUAAAUUAA